UGGAUCCUAGAGAGUCAGUCAGUAGGUCAGUGUGUCCGGGUAGGUCUAAGUGGUGAGGAGUGGGACAUUGUCGUGCACCUAACACCACGAUGGACGACUAUCCGAUGUAUGGGUUGCUCGUUGGGUUCUCCCUCUGGGGGACCCUCUGGCGUCUCCUCUUUCCUCUGGGGUUUUGGCACACCUUUACCUGUAGAGUAGAUACCCGGGGUGGUGCCUCCACCAAGCCAUACACGAAGGAGGAGGAGGMGAAGAUGGCCGCCAUUCUGCAGGAGAGGAAGGAGAAGAAGGAGGCCAAAAAGCAGGCCUUGAAGGAGGACCAGGCGACCAAAUUGAAGAAGAUAGAAGAAGAGAUGGUCAGAGAGAAGGAGAGGAUACAGAAAGAAGAGGAAGAGAAGUUGAAAGAGGUGGAAGAGGAGGAAGAAGAUGAAACGCCACAGCAGAGGAAGAAGGGGCAUUACAGUGGCAGUAGGGAUGAGGAGAUGGAGAAGCGGAUCUCAGAACACCAGUUGGUCGCCCUCUUUUACAGAGCUAUGCCCGAAGCUUUUCGCGGGCACUUCUUCGUGAAGAGCGAAGACCCUGCCACCACUUACGAUUCCCUUAGCCGUGAGGUGGUGGCCUUUGAGGCCAAGUCUAUGUUAGUCUCCAUCUUCUGGCACAAAGAUUUGGAUAAGGGAAAGCAGUGGAAGGGCCGCACUAUUUCUGGGCAAGUGAAGACUAAGGAUAGUCUUGUCCUAACCUUAGAUGAGGGUAGUGUGGACGAGAUCCCCUACGAUCAGAUUGAGUGGGGGUUAGAGGAGGAGGACAACGGUGUGGGCCAGGGGAGAUCUUACGCUGCUGUCGCGGCCGGAGGAAGGCCGCAAGGAGGAGGACGAGGCCAGGGCCAAGGGGGCUGGGCCUCAGGGAGCCGGUUCCAAGGCGAUCAGGGGGUUGGCGGCAGAGGAGGAAACCGCCAAGCGGGAGACAGGGGUCAAGGUCCCCCGCAAAACCGUCCUAGGAAUAGGUCUCCCUAUAGGGUAGGAGGAUGGCACCCGGGGUUGCCGCAGGGCCGGUGUCUAGAUGGCUGUCCAGAGACUGCUUAUGUUAGAGUCUCUCUAGACACCUCCCUCACAGGCGUGGUUGAAGAGUUGAAGGAGAGGAUGCCCGCCUGGGCCAAGAUGAGCAAGGAGAAUAAAGGGCAGCUUAUAUUAGUAGAUACAAAAAUUUUUAGACGCAGAGUACGGGCCCUAGUAGACUCAGGGGCCACCCGCAGCUAUAUUAGUAAGAAGGCGCUGCAGAAGUUGAAGUUGGGACUUAAAGUCCAAAAGCUAGCAGACCCUAUAGUUAGUAUCCUCGCAAACAAUCGUACCAUGGUUGUAGAGGAUUACGUAGAGGGAGUCCAGGCGUAUUUCCGCCUAGAGAAAGAUGGGAAAGUGGAGAAGGUCCUCCACUCCCUGAUUCUUCUCGUAGAGGACAGCCUCCCAUUUGAUAUUGUUCUGGGAAUGGAUUGGGGAGAGGCAGCCGGGGCCACGCUCCAUUUGAAGGAGCACGAGUGUAGGCUCCCUAGUUCUUCAGGCGAGGCCAAGACUGCCCGCCUGUUCCAUGUGUCCAAAGUAGAGAAUCCAUUGGCACAUUGCUGUCUUAGUGCUCCUGCGUUCGCCAGAUUGGUGAAAAAGGAGAAAUUGGAAGAACAUGUUUUUGUUGCCUAUGCUAGGCCAGUGACUGAGCCUACGGAAGAAAAGCCGAUGGACCCUGCGAUUGCCAAGGUGCUGGAAGAGUUCAAGGAUCUAACUGAGCCACCGACAGGAGUAGUACCGCGACCCAUCCAACACCGCAUUGAGAUAGAGCCUGGCAGUAGAACUCCUAAGGGCGCUGUGUAUAGGAUGUCCCCACGGGAGUUAGAGGAGCUUCGCAAGCAAUUAGACGAGCUCCUCGAGAAGGGUUGGAUUAGGCCCAGUUCGUCUCCUUUCGGAGCGCCUGUUCUCUUUGUUCCUAAGAAAGAGGGAGAGCUGAGAAUGUGCAUAGACUAUAGGGGUCUGAAUGCUAUUACAGUGAAGAAUGCUGAGCCAUUGCCUAGGAUAGACGAUCUCUUAGAUCGAGUGCAGGGGGCCAGGUAUUUCUCUAAGAUAGACUUAAAAUCCGGAUAUCAUCAGAUAGAGGUACAUUCUGAUGAUCAGUAUAAGACAGCCUUUCGGACUAGGUACGGGCAUUAUGAGUUUAUAGUGAUGCCCUUUGGACUAACCAAUGCGCCAGCAACUUUUCAGCGGUGUAUGAAUGAUUUGUUUAGGCCAUGGUUAGACAGAUUCGUCGUAGUUUACUUAGAUGAUAUUUUAGUGUUUAGUAAGACCCUUGAAGAGCAUCAGGGUCAUCUCAGACAGGUCUUGGAGAAGCUGAGGGAAGCUAACUUUAAGAUCAAUGUAAAGAAGUGCGAUUGGGAAAAGACCCAAGUUUUGUACCUAGGCCACGUCUUAGACGGAGACGGCAUCAAGCCGGAAGAUAGUAAGAUUGCAGCGAUUAGAGAUUGGCCAACACCGCGAACGUUGACAGAAUUGUGGUCGUUCUUAGGCCUGGCAAACUACUACAGGAAGUUCGUGAGGAACUUCUCUACCAUCGCUGCGCCCCUUCGCAGAUUGCUCAGGAAGGAGACCAUCUGGAAGUGGGAUAAGGACUGCACGUCUGCUAUGAAGAAGUUAAAACAGGCGUUGAUAGAGUAUCCAGUCCUUAAGGUCGCCGAUCCGUCCUUGCCCUUUGUCGUCACUACGGACGCUAGUCAGUACGGCAUAGGUGCCGUGUUACAUCAAGACGAUGGCAAUGGUUAUAGACUCGUAGAGUUCAUGUCCGCCAGGAUGCCUUCAGAGAAGGUCGCGACAUCUACCUAUGAGAGGGAACUCUACGCUCUCAGGCAAGCGUUAGACCACUGGAAGCACUACUUGCUUGGGAGGCACUUCAAAGUCUACUCAGACCAUGAGACGUUAAGAUGGUUAAAGACGCAGGCCAAGAUGACACCUAAGCUUACUAGGUGGGCCGCAGAGAUAUAUCAGUACGAUUUUGAGCUCAAGCCAGUCAAAGGAAACUAUAAUGUAGUUGCGGAUCCGCUGAGUAAGAGAGAUGAUUACUUUGGGGCAAUAGUGCAUUACCUAGAUAUAGGGAAGGACCUGCAGCAGAAGAUUAGAGAAGCCUAUGCGCAGGACCCUAUCUAUAGUGACCUCCUCAAGAGAGUCAAGGAGGCCCCAGAGACUGCGCCGAACUACCGCACUACUGAAGGGUUGCUCUUCGAGAAGACCAAUGUAUUUGACCGCCUGUGCAUUCCCAGUAGCGAAAAGAUUCAUAGUCUGAUUUUGGGGGAAUGCCACGACACAAAGGGUCAUUUUGGUUGGCAGAAGACUUUAGCCAAUCUGAUGCGCGCGUAUACCUGGCCGGGGAUGAAGAAUGACUGCGUAGAGUAUGUUCGCAGUUGUAAGGUUUGCCAGCGUAACAAGACGAGCACGCAAGUGUCGUUAGGUCUUCUCAGACCCUUGCCCAUUCCAGACCAGCUAGGAGACUCAGUGUCCAUAGACUUCAUGGACACCCAAGUCAAGAGCAGGCAUGGCAAGAGCCAAGUCAUGGUCGUAGUCGACCGUUUUACAAGCGAGCCGGUGAAAAUGCCGCCGGAGAUAGAGGGAGUUGUCGCUAAAUACCCUGAUCUAUUUGAAGAGACGAAAGGGGUUGUUGAGAGGGAGGUCGUCCAUGCGAUAGAGAUUAUCUCAGGGUCUAGCAUUCCAAAGGGUAGGAUCUAUCGGAUGUCUCCAAGCGAGUUUGAUGAGCUUCGCCGGCAGCUCAAGGAGUUCGUAGAGAAGGGUUGGAUCCGGCCGAGUGUCUCCCCUUACGAAUCAUCUGUCUUAUUUGUACUGAAGAAGGGAGGAACUUUGAGGAUGUGCAUUGACUAUAGGGGCCUCAAUGCCAUCACUGUCAAGAACCGAGAGCCCCUACCGCGCAUCGAUGACUUGUUGGACCGAGUGCGAGGGUGUCGGUACUUCAGUAAGAUAGAUCUGAAGUCCGGGUACCAUCAGAUUGCAAUACGUCCUGAGGAUCAACAAAAAAACGCUUUUCAAACCAAGUACGGUCUGUACGAGUUUGUGGUGAUGCCUUUUGGCCUUUGCAAUGCUCCUGGCACCUUUCAGCUGACAAUGAACCGGAUCUUUCAUGACUACUUGGAUAAGUUUAUCAUCGUGUACCUUGAUGACGUACUUAUCUUCAGUAGGACUGUUGAGGAGCACAUUGGUCAUUUAGACAAAGUCCUUAGUCUCCUUCGGCAGCACAAGUUCAAGAUCAACGGCGAGAAGUGUGAAUUUGGCCGCACCCGUAUCUUGUUUAGUAAAUAUGCUAGAUUAGUGGCAAUGCCUGAAACAGCGAAAACGGAGGAUGUGAUUAAACUCUUCAAGGAGAACUGGGUCAGGGACUUUGGGCUUCCUAAGUCUAUUGUUAGUGGCAGGGAUGUCAGAUUCACAAGUGAGUUGUGGAAGGCUGCAGCUGCAGAACAGGGUACACAGCUGCAGAUGACCUCCGGGAACCACCCAGAGGCAAACGGCCAAGCAGAGCAGCUGAACCGCGCUGUACAACACCUGUUAAGGCACUACAUCAAGCCCAAUCAGGUGGACUGGGAUGAGAAACUUGCUCUCAUCACCAGCCUGUACAACAACGCUGUGCACAGCGCCACUGGGGUGAGCCCUAACAGUCUGCUACUGAUUUUCAAGCCUAGACUACCACUGGACUUCCUAUUACCUGAGAACCAGCCGACUGCUGCACCUGGCACACUAGAGUUUGCCUAUGAACAACUGAUGCAGCAGGCGGUAGAGCAGAUGCACAGGGCACAGGCGGCGAUGAUAGAGUCUGAGAAUAAGCACUGCCGCUCAUCUACAUUCCAGGUAGGGGACAGAGUUUGGGUUAAGUCCUCAGAACUGGGUCAGGAGCACGGGAUCUCCCGCAAGCUCAUGCCACAGUACUUUGGACCCUGCGACGUUGGGGAUGAUCCGGAUGGGCCUUCAUAUGUAGUUCAGAUCCCUGGUCACCUUCGCACUUACCCAGUCUUCCACGCCUCCAAGCUCGCACCUUUCAGGGAAACUGACCAGUUUCCUUCUCGUCGCUCAAUGCUGCCCCCAACCAUGGAUGGAGAGGUCGACAUCAAUGACAUCGUGGAUCACAGAGAAAUGCCAGUUCCAAGGCCUACAGGCAGGGGACGUCCUACGAAACCGAAGCUGCAGUAUCGCGUUCGGGGUGAUACGGCCCGAGAGUUUGAAAUUGUGAAGGCGAAAAUGGCUCAGAGAAUUAAGGAGCUGGAGCUGAGCAAUGCUGAAAUACAAGCGCUCCUUGCUAAGCGAGAGGCCGCUUUGAAUCAGCUUAUACUCGAAAAGGAGCAGAGUGACGCUGAGAAAAACCGACAGAUACGAGACCUGAGGAAGAAACUGGAUGACCUGGCCCAUGAGUUCGUUGAAGUUCUGAAGACGCUUACUGUUGCGCCUGGGUUGACUUUCUUAGGUGCAGUUGGUCCCCUGGCCAUGAAGGGAUGCUGAUCACACUUGCUAGAAUAGAGGCUUCCAUGUGACAGUCACAAGAUGAAAAACAGAACUCUUUUUUUCUAGUAGCAAACAUAGUUAG